UGGGGGCAGAGACAGCAAUGAGGCCUUGAGAAGAAGUGACAGAAAGAAAGGACAAGGGGACCUCAUUCCUGGACCUACCUCAUCAAUGGUGGGAACUUCUGCAAGGCCAGCUCCCCUGGGGUUUGCAAAAUUGGGAGAGAUGGAACAGUGAUCUGGAUUGGGGGAGAAGGGGUGGUACAGAGCCAUCGGACACUGGGAUCUACCACGUGGAUGAGGCCAGCAGGCUGUGAACACCUGGGCACACAGUGAGGGUGACAGUGUGUGUGUCCUCCUCCCCUGUGCAGCCUUCUGUGUUAGCGUUCCUCAGCUCCUCAUUGUAGUUCCCUGAAGAGACUUGGUAGGUUGAAAGGCCACUUCAAGUGGAAUCAGGAGACAUCCCCAACUCAGGGAGACCAAGCCCUAGCUCAAUCACUUGCUAAACAACAAGAUGAUAUUCCUUGCCACCCUGCCGCUGUUUUGGAUAAUGAUUUCAGGUAAUGGCUGGGGAGAUGUGUCCCAGCCCUAACAUUCCAGCCCAGUGGCCCAUGAUGGGAACUGUUGGAGAUGAUGGGGUGGGCUCUGUCCCUCAGCUUCUGUGCUCCUGCCCACCUACAGCUUCUCGAGGGGGCCACUGGGGUGCCUGGAUGCCCUCGACCAUCUCAGCCUUUGAGGGCACGUGUGUCUCCAUUCCCUGCCGUUUCGACUUCCCCGAUGAGCUCAGACCGGCUGUGGUACAUGGCGUCUGGUAUUUCAAUAGUCCCUACCCCAAGAACUACCCACCGGUGGUCUUCAAGUCCCGCACACAAGUGGUCCAUGAGAGUUUCCAGGGCCGCAGCCGCCUAUUGGGAGACCUGGGCCUACGAAACUGUACCCUGCUUCUCAGCACACUGAGCCCCGAGCUGGGAGGCAAAUACUAUUUCCGAGGCGACCUGGGCGGCUACAACCAGUACACCUUCUCAGAGCACAGCGUCCUGGACAUCGUCAACACCCCCAACAUCGUGGUUCCCCCGGAAGUGGUGGCAGGAACGGAAGUGGAGGUCAGCUGUAUGGUGCCGGACAACUGCCCAGAGCUGCGGCCAGAGCUGAGCUGGCUGGGCCACGAGGGGCUGGGAGAGCCCACUGUGCUGGGUCGGCUGCGUGAGGAUGAAGGCACCUGGGUGCAGGUGUCGCUGCUACACUUCGUGCCCACUAGAGAGGCCAAUGGCCACCGUCUGGGCUGUCAGGCUGCCUUCCCCAACACCACCUUGCAGUUCGAGGGUUACGCCAGUCUGGACGUCAAGUACCCCCCAGUGAUUGUGGAGAUGAAUUCCUCUGUGGAGGCCAUUGAGGGCUCCCAUGUCAGCCUGGUCUGUGGGGCUGACAGCAACCCGCCGCCGCUGCUGACUUGGAUGCGGGAUGGGAUGGUGUUGAGGGAGGCAGUUGCUGAGAGCCUGUACCUGGAUCUGGAGGAGGUGACCCCAGGAGAGGACGGCGUCUAUGCUUGCCUAGCAGAGAAUGCCUAUGGCCAGGACAACCGCACGGUGGAGCUGAGCGUCAUGUAUGCACCUUGGAAGCCCACAGUGAAUGGGACGGUGGUGGCCGUAGAGGGGGAGACUGUCUCUAUCCUGUGUUCCACACAGAGCAACCCGGACCCCAUCCUUACCAUCUUCAAGGAGAAGCAGAUCCUAGCCACGGUCAUCUAUGAGACUCAGCUGCAGCUGGAACUCCCUGCAGUGACCCCCGAGGAUGAUGGGGAAUACUGGUGUGUGGCUGAGAACCAGUAUGGCCAGAGAGCCACUGCCUUCAACCUGUCUGUGGAGUUUGCCCCCAUAAUCCUUCUGGAGUCACACUGUGCAGCGGCCAGAGACACCGUGCAGUGUCUAUGUGUGGUAAAAUCCAACCCGGAACCCUCUGUGGCCUUUGAGCUGCCUUCCCGCAACGUGACUGUGAAUGAGACCGAAAGGGAGUUUGUGUACUCCGAGCGCAGUGGCCUCCUGCUCACCAGCAUCCUCACGAUCCGGGGUCAGGCCCAAGCCCCACCCCGCGUCAUUUGUACCUCCAGGAACCUCUAUGGCACCCAGAGCCUCGAGCUGCCUUUCCAGGGAGCACACCGACUGAUGUGGGCCAAAAUCGGUCCUGUGGGUGCUGUGGUCGCCUUUGCCAUCCUGAUUGCCAUUGUGUGCUACAUCACCCAGACGAGAAGAAAAAAGAACGUCACAGAGAGCCCCAGCUUCUCAGGGGGAGACAACCCUCACGUCCUGUACAGCCCCGAAUUCAGAAUCUCUGGGGCACCUGAUAAGUAUGAGUCCAGAGAGGUCUCUACCCGGGAUUGUCACUGAGAGCCCCAGGAGAGUGAGAAGCGCCUGGGAUCUGAGAGGAGGCUGCUGGGCCUUCGGGGGGAACCCCCAGAACUGGACCUCAGUUAUUCCCACUCAGACCUGGGAAAACGACCCACCAAGGACAGCUACACCCUGACAGAGGAGCUGGCUGAGUAUGCAGAAAUCCGAGUCAAGUGAGGACGCUGGGGGCUGGCCCUGUGGCUCACCCCCCAUCAAGACCCUCACUGGCCCCCACUGGCUGUGGGCUCCCUUUCUCUUGAGAGUGGUAGGGGUGAGGGCGGGAAGGGGCAGGACAGGAAACAGUGAGGUCCUGGGGGCCUGGCCUCCCCUCCUUCCCAGCUGUUCCUCCUUGCCAACAUUCCGUGCCUAUAUUACAGCUCCCCUCUCCCUUCCUUUUAACCUCAGCUGUUGAGAGGGGUGCUCUGUCUGUCCAUGUUAUUUAUUGCUAUCCCUUUCCUGGUCUCCUGUCCCUUACCUGGCUCCAGGACCUGUACAAAGGGGACAUGAAAUAAAUGUCCUAAUGACAA